AUGCCGAAAUUCUUUUGUAUGCUUGAACCUGCCACACCUCGAAUCCCACCCAACUCAUCACGAAACUCACACCAUCUAGGCGACUACUGCGAUGUAUACCUCACCCACGACUCCAUGAGCGUGCGCAAGGCUCAUAAUAGUGGCAAGAACCAUUUGCGCAAUGUGGUAGACUACUACCAACGUACGAGCCCACCAUACUCGGUCCCCUCUCCGUCUCAUGAUAUCCCUCCAAGAGACCAUACAUCUAACAAUCUGGCUACAGAGAUCGGCCACGAAAAGGCACAGUCAGUCAUCGACUCCAUCACCUCAUCCUAUGCUGCCGAGGGCCAAGCACAUGCGAACCCCAUGCUUCCUCAAAACCAGCCGGGCAAUGCUUUCCCGCCACCAUUCCCAUUCCCAGGCGGCCCUCCUCCAUUUCCUAGUAUGCCUGGCGCUGCUCCAGGCCAGCUCCCCCAUGGAGUGCCCCCUCCUCCUGCUGGUGGCCGUGGCGUUCCUCCUAUGCCUCCGUUCCCUCUCGGCCCCAAUGGUUUACCUGUUCCUCCGCCCGGCGGCCUGCCCUUCCCUCCACCGCCUGGAGGGCUUCCGUUCCCUCCUCCGGGGGCUUCCGGCGCGCCUCCAGGAUUCCCUGGUAUGCCGGGCAUGCCGCCUCCUCCAGGGCAAGGCUUUCCUCCUGGCUCUGCUCCGCCGCCUGGCUUCCCGGGUGGUCAUGGUGCGCCUGGACAGGAUAGAAGGUGA